GCACAUAUUGCACGACGCGAAGAGAAUGGAAUAAUACAUAUAAGUAAAUCAUUAGAAAUUGAGCGUUAUUUUUGUACUGUACACAAAGUAAUAUUGUAUUCUAAUAAUUCAUAAUAAAAAAAAUAGUGACACGAUAAUUUACGUCGGAACUCGCAAGACUUUUCAGCUUUUAUAAAAUCUUCUUUAAAAAAUGAUAGCAAGUCUCUUUUCAGUACAAUGGGUUGUAGUCUUAGCUUGCGUUGUGGCUGCGGCCAGCGCCCAAUUCAACCGCGCCAGCGCCUUCUCUAGCUUCGGCAGCUUCCCCAAACCGCAGCAGCCGUUCAGAUCGCAGCCGGUCAGGCCUGCCGUGUACAAGCCCGCCCCGGCCGUGGUCGUGAGCCAGCCCGCCCCAGUACCCGUCACCAGGUACAACGGUGAUGCCCGCUCCACCAACAUCGUCAAGUACGGAAACGAAGUCAACCCUGAUGGCAGCUACUCCUACUUCUACGAGACUGACAACGGUAUCGCUGCGCAAGAGCAAGGCACACCCCGCAACUUCGGCGGCAACCCCCCCGUGAUCCCUGAUGUAGCGCAGGGCUCCUUCUCCUGGACCUCGCCCGAGGGUGUCCCCGUCGCCAUCACCUACGUCGCUGACGAGAACGGUUACCAACCCCAGGGCGCCGCCAUCCCCACCCCUCCCCCCGUGCCCGCACAGAUCGCCCGCGCACUCGAUUACAUCGCUCGCAACGCCCCCAGACAAUAAACUAAGAAACUCCCUUACAAAAAAUCUCACUUAGUAUUAUAUAAGUACUUCAAAUUCCAUGAAAAUACCGAACGAAAAUACUCCAAAAUUGUGAUCUUUUAGGACUACGUAAAUAUGUGAAAAUAUGUAA